AUGGCCAACACAGCCACCAAGACAAGCCCCACUUUCAAUAGUCCUAUUCCUGGUAAUUUGGCAGAAGAAUGUGCCAAGGCUUCUCGAAUCCUUGAGCAAUUCAUCAUUAAAGAUGAGGUUGAAAACGGAUUCGAUACAAUUAUUCCUGUUUCAGUAAUCAAACAAGCAAAAGGCCUUGCCAUUUUCACAGUUGUCAAGGCAGGAUUUCUCUGGAGUGGACGUGCUGGUAGUGGUGUUGUAGUAGCAAAAUGGAGUGCCCCCAGUUGUAUUGCAACCGGUGGUGUUGGUUUUGGUGCACAAAUUGGUGCUGAUAUCACAGAUUUUGUCUUGAUCUUAAAUAGUGAUGAGGCUGUCAGAGCAUUUUCUCAAGGCGGUAAUCUUACCUUAGGUGGUAACCUUUCCGUAAGUGUAGGUCCCAUCGGUGCGGGUGGUGAGGCUAGUAUCGCUGGUGAUAUACGUGAUAAAAAGGUCGCUCCUAUCUUUUCUUACACCAAAUCAAAGGGUCUCUUUGCCGGUAUGUCGAUUGAAGGUACAGGUUUAUUAGAGUUGCAAAAGGCCAAUGCCACUUUUUACGGCCAAGCUUUACGUGCUGACGCAAUCUUGCGUGGUGAUAUUCCUCCUCCCGCUGAAGCCAAGAUUUUGUACGAUACCAUUACCAAAGCCGAAAGUCGUGAAGCUUAUUAA